AGAAGCCACAGAAGUCUUGAACUUAUUCCACAGGCAACAAGUGCCUAGCAUUAUAACGGACAAACGGACUCGCGGCCAAAUCAAAGUAAACAUACUUUACUUCGUGGCAUCAAUCAUAAUCGGUCCCAAUUGGCGCCGGUAGUGACAGUGGUCAAGCGGAAGGCUACAAUUUUUCGUUCGAGCCACUUAAAGCGGAAACGGAAAUCCGUCGGUGUUGUUUUGUUUUGUUUUUCCGUGUGAAGAAAAAGUGAAAAAGUGCAUAGUUUCGUUUUAAACUUUCUAUACUUGUCGUCGCUAAAAUGAUUGAAUGAGUUAAUAAGUGCCACGUGAAUUUUUUUGCAACGCUUAUAUUUAACCUCAAAAGUUGAAUUGAUUUUUGAGCGAUUGACAAGUGUAUUUGACAGUUGGACGAGAUUUGCUAUUUUUACGGAGGAUUUAGUGUAAACAUUACAAUCGAAGUGGAAAUUUAAAAGGUCACAUAUAUCCCAGCAAGUCGCCAAUAUGGGUCCGUUACUCGUCUUCUUCCUUUACAUGUUACAAUUGCAGGCGACAAUACGCAGCGAAAUCAUUGAAUCACCGAAUGAGCAUUUAAACACUAUUUCCGACACUGAUGACGCCGACUUAAAUGAGAGCGAAUCCAGUGAGCAUACUGAGAACACAGAGAAAUUACCAUUCUUGCAAACAGGACGCGAUCCAACCGAAGUGGAGUUUCGUUAUCCGAUCGCCUCACUCAAUAUUGACUACUCGAAGAACUUGAUUAUCUUGAAAUUUCGCAAAUCAAAGUCUGAUGAAGAAGAAGAGCGUCGACGAAAAUCCUUCAAUGAGAAUUUCAUGCGAUUUGGACGUGCAGAUGCCGAUUUUAUGCGCUUAGGACGCAGUCCCGAUUUUAUGCGCUUCGGACGCGAUGCUGCCGAUUUCAUGCGCUUUGGACGUAGUCCCUCCGACUUUAUGCGCUUGGGACGUAGUCCAUCCGAUUUUAUGAGAUUCGGUCGCAGCGCUUCCGACUUUAUGCGGCUGGGCAAGCGAUCGCUGGAGCAAGUGCCAAAAGUGAAUAGUCUGGAUCAUGAUUAUAUGAUGAACUACGAUAAGGGCGCCGAUUCAGGCCGACGCAUUGAACGCAGUCAGGAGGGUAUACGAGAUUCGCGCGGUGACAAUUUCAUGCGCUUCGGACGACGAGAUGAUGACUUCUUGAGAUUUGGACGUAGCGCUAAUGACUUUCUGCGUUUUGGACGUGCUUCGGGUGAUUUUAUGCGCUUCGGUAGAAAUCCUUCGGACUUUAUGCGUUUCGGACGCGGUAAUUCUAAUGAUUUUAUGCGUUUCGGACGCAAUCCCAAGAAUGACUUCAUGCGUUUUGGACGCACGCAAAAGGAACGACGUGGAAACAGCCAAGAUUUCAUGCGUUUCGGACGACCAGAUAAUUUCAUGCGCUUUGGUAGAACACCAUCAGCAACAGCAAAACAAGCAACGGUUGCGCCAAAUUUCAUACGUUACACUAAACCAGAUCAGAAUUUCAUGCGUUUCGGUAAAAGGUUGGACCAGCAAGCUAAUGAGAACAGCACAAAACCACCACUACCCAGAGAGGUUAUCAAGGAGGCAGCGAAGAUACUACAUCAAGCCGAGCAGUAUGGCGGUGUGGUCGAAAGCAAUCCAAUGGAUAGAGCUAUUAAGGUGCUCUUUAGCAAGGAUGGUGAGCACGAGAGCUCGGCACAAGAUGAGAAGAGCGCACAAAGUGACGCCGAAGCGUCCAAUGAGAACGCUGAAGACGAUUACGAGCUGAACAUGGUGCAAUGAGCGGGAUCCCCACUUGUACCAAAAUUUGCUCACCACUUGUAAAUAAUUACUUUGCAAAAAUUGAUGAACUGGCUACGGAAACUCACACAGACACACAAAACCUAUACACAUGUAUAGUAAAUGAUAAUGUUUAUAUAAGAAUUAUAUAAAUUAUAUGUAAAUAUGUUUAUAUGCAGGCUGUAAGCUGCUGAGAAGAGCAAGUUUUUAAAAUUUAUUUUGAAAGUUUGGAAGUGAAUUUUUACUAGGGCUGGUAUAAAAGUUCACUUUCCAAACAAGUUUCUUAUUUUGUUUAAAAAAAAAAAAUGUGACCAUGCAACCCAGUAUACGAGCAAACAUAUUUCAAUGUAAACUAUAUAUAUGUAUACUUUCAAAAUUUGUUAAAAUUAUAUAGGGAGAUUAAAAAUAUAUACAAACACACAUAUAUAUAUAUAUAUAGGUAAAAUUAUGAAUCGAUA